AUGCGCAACCACAACCUGGAGAUGAAACACCUGCCUGGCGCUGACCCCGAGCUCGUGCUCCUCAGCCACAGAUACGUGGAGCUGGAGGUGAGAGGGCAGUGGCGUGCUGGCCGCUGCCACAGGGCUUGAGGCAGAAAGCACUCUGCAGAUGCCAGCACAGGAAGAGCUGGUGGAGCAAGACCUGCUGGCAUCCA